CUUCAACUGCUUAGAGCCUGCCAAAUGCCGCUCCUCGUCCUCUAUAACCCAGUGAGCGGUAGUGGCUCUGCCAAGGCUUUCUUUGAGGACCAUGUCCUUCCGCUACUAAAGAAGAAUGACGUCGGUGUUGAUAUCGUUGCGAGUACGGAGCGCGCAGACCAUGCAGGCGAGAUACUCGUAAAAUUCAUGGAGGCGCAUGAAGGCGAAAUCUCGGUAGUGCUGGGGUCUGGAGACGGCACGCUGAACGAGUGCAUGACUGCGCUGUCCAAAGCGCCGUUCAUCGGCAAGCGGGCUACUUCGGGGUCACAUCGUGUCUCGUUUGCGCUGGUCCCGUGUGGGACGGCGAAUGCGCUCUACUCGACGCUCUUUCCGCCUCAGCCAGAGCAGCCGGAAGUAGACUAUCGUCUUCAGUCUGUCAAUGCCUUGAUAAACAGAUCGAAAACGGUUCCUCUUCAUCUGGCAAUUUCCACUCUUUCCUCAGCCCCGUUCCGCCGCAAACGACCAGAAGUUAGGGUUUCUGCCGUCGUUGUCUCCACGUGCUUGCACGCCGCCAUCUUGAAGGACUCGGAAAAGCUACGGGCCGAGAUGCCCGGGGUCGAGCGGUUUAAAGUGGCUGCAGAGCAGAAUGCCAAUACAUGGUCCAACAGCGCUGUGAAACUACUCCCGGCGCCGAAUGCGGGCGUCGUCCAGAUAUACGAUCCCGUCACCAAAGCUUUCAUCGCCCAUCCCGAGUCAGAUCCGGACGAAGACGCAAUUGUCGAUAUGGAUGGGCCAUUCUCGUAUUUCCUGGCGACGGUGAAUGUCGAUCGGUUGGAGCCUAAUUUUGUUAUUACGCCUCUCGCUUCCAAGUUUCCCUCAACAGAAGCAACUUGCGAUAUAGUCAUAGUGCGGCCGCUGCGCUCUCCAGCAGUGGAAUCCGACACGCCAGAUGCACGAGCCGCAUUUGUUCCUAUUUUGUGGAAGACAUUCGGUGAAGCUUACAGGGGAGGCGGACAUGUCGAUCUGACUUACGAUGAGGAGGGUGCUCCGACUGCGACUGGAGAUGGCGAAACAGUUGUCGAAUAUAUUCGAUGCGGAGGGUUUGAAUGGAUCCCAGAUCCUGAAGACGAGUCUGCUCACUACCUCUGCACUGAUGGCAUCAUAUCCAAGAUCGAGUCUGAUGGUCGGCUUGUUUGCACAGCGGCCUCUCCAGACGCAAACGGUGGAUUCAGGGUUUAUGUUUGA